GGCUUCUGUGCAUGGUGUGUGUGGUUUGGCGAGCUAGCAAGCAAGAAGAAUCAGCCGUUUUUGCCAUAAUGGCGCCACGCCAUGGCACCCUCUGUCUUCAACAAUUCCUCGACUGAGUCCAACCCACACGUAAUCGAUGGUGGAUGGGGUGAAUGUACGAUAGAUCCACGAGCAGUCGCAGUGGGGUGCGGGGCACAGCAGCGAGGAGAGGCCAGGCGGACACAGCCACCACAAAUAAAUAGCACUCACACAAACGAAGAACAGGCACACGCAUACGACGAGUCCACAGGCAUCAGACGGCACAAAAAAGAUGUGUGUCAUCGCAGUGCCUACUAUUAUUCUACAUGCAGCUGUGCUACAGGCAAGCAGGCAGACUGAGAUCUCGCUUGGCUGGCUCCCAAAGUGACCCCCGUAGAAAGCCCCAAGUUCGUCAAGCGCCGUGAUGCUGAUGCUCUGACGAGAGAGCCGCGAGAUUGAGAUAUCGCGACCGUCUCGGCUUGGCAGGCGUCUUGGGGGGCGACGGCAGCACGCCACCUGCACGAAACAAACACACACACACACACACACACAGACAAGAUGAUCACAUACAGAUGCCUGCACACGAUUCCAUUCCGCUGUUUGCACCUGGCUGCACUCGUGUCUGUGUGGCCGUGAGGCGUUUCCAUGGCGACCGGCACAGUGGGCAGCGGAAGCCCUGACGCUCCACUCGCUGACACGCACUGAUGCACUCGCUGUGGUAGUUCCCGCCACACGUCUGAGCGAGCCAAUGCAGCCGCACAGAGACAGAACGAUGUCAUUCAAUCGCAUGUGUGUGUGUGUGUGUAUGUGUGUGUGCGUGUCCCUCUCACUUGGCAGUAGGCGAGCAGGUUCCGCGCCUCCUCGUUGGCCUGGAAAUCCUCGUAACACACAGGGCAACGCUCACCUGACGACAGAUAUGGAGGCCCCACACACACCAUCUGGUGGUCACUCUUGUCUCUCUGGCUGGUACACGCCUACGCCUACCAAUGAUCUCUUUGCGAUGGAUGACGUGUUCAGGUUGAGCGCCCUCCAUCGGCAGCCCUGCACACCAGGUGGCCAAGGAGGAAUAGCCCAGUCGAUGAAUGCUCUAAUCAAUCCUGCAGCCUUGGCUGGCUGACGGAGGCACCUACCGGUGGCUUCGCUGUACCCUUUUCGGACUUCCAGGUCGGCCAGCACGUGUGUGGGUGCUAUCUGGGCGACCUGCCCCACCCGCUCCAUGAUGCCGCUGAGCUCACUCGACAACUGACACACACACACAGACAAGGAGAGAGACAGGGAGAGGAGGAGCCAUCCAUCCAUCCAUCCGGGCUCAUUCCCUCCCUCCCUCCCUUCGUGUGUUCCUCACCAGUGCAUUCUGCCACACGCGGCUGUCAUUGCGGUCGAGCCGCAGCACCCUGACCACAAACAACACAUGAAACGCACAUCCGUCCGUCCAUCCAUCCAUCCAUUUGUCCAUCUGUCGCGCAUUGAGUGAUGCCUUUCUGCGGCGACCCACCCACCUGAUGUAGACGAACAGUAUGUGCUUGCAUACGCCUGUGCCCCUCGCCCGCCGCAUCCGGAAGUCCACGCAAGUGCACCUGGGCUCUCGAGCGAGGGUCACUGCAUCCACACACACACGCGCAGCGCACAUCCGUGGCUCAUGAAUGUAUCCCCGCGGCCUCUGGUGAGUGCGUGACAUAAUACCAUCGUACACAUUGCCUGUAUGUCCUGAGGCACACACAGACCCACCACAACCAGAGCCACAACAAUUGCACGAUGGAUCGAUGGCUGCGCGACGAGUGUGAGGAAUGUGUCCCCCUCCCACCCCCGGGCCACCCAUGUGUAGUGUACCCAGAACAGCGAAUCGCGCCUCCUCGUCUGACAUCAGGGAGGCUCGGAUGAGGAACAGCCGAUGACGGAACGCACUACACACAGCACACGGCGCACACACAGAAGCCAACCCAAGCUAUACACAUGGCACCGAAGAGAGACAGCCACACUGGGCUUGCCGUUCGAUGCGAUCGAGGACAGCCUGGUUCGGCGCACUCACUCUCCGCGCCUUGCGACGCUCACGAGGGGCAGGUGAAGACGAAGAGGCUGCUGCUGCGGCAGCGCUUGUUGAACGGGAGCGACGCUGCCGACUGGCACGUGUGUGUGUACCGUCCUGGGCCUCCUCCUCCCCAGCCUCACUCCGCCGUCGCCUGGUGCCCCGCCGAGGGGUCGCUGGCUGGGGAGAAGGAGCCCUGACAGCCGUGGCGGGUCUGCGGAGGAGCCGUGCUGACCGUCUGACAAGGGAUCUCCGGGCGUCUCGUUGUUCCAGAGCAUCCAGGCUGCUCAUUCUGCUUUUUCCGUGGAUGAAUGAAUCUCCUUCUCCG